ACUUCGCUUCGCGACCGUCCUUUACGUUAAAUAUGUUUUUUUUUUGUUUCAGCUGCUUUAACAAGCCUUUGCAAUAUACUUGGAAUCUCAUAUAUCACUGUGAUGGGCGAGAAACUCGGAAGAAGAUGGUGCUACAUAGCAGGGUCUCUACCGCUAUUUAUAAAUUGGAUAAUACUGAACUUUGCGAGAACAUUCACGGCCUUUAUGCUUUCGAGAUUUCUUGCUGGUAUUUCUUCUGGAUCAUUAUGGAUGCUGAAUGCGAUUGCUACACCAGAGUAUACGUUAACUGAAUCAAGAGGACUGUUUAUUAGCAUUGUAUUAGUAGUGAUACCAGCAUUUGGCAUAGCAUUGGGUCAUAUACUUGGAGUAUUGUUUCAUUGGAGAACUUUAGCUCUGGCAGGAGUAAUUGCAACGACGGUCAACGUUUUUCUGCCAUACUUUUGUGUGGAGAGCCCGCAUUGGUUGGCAUCGAGGGGUCGCUUUGAAGAGUGCGAGAAUUCAUUCAGAAAACUUCACGGAAAAGAUACCACUAGAUACAAUCAUGAGUUGCAACUUUUAAUAAAAUUAGAGUACAGUAAACAGAAAGCUGCCAAUGAAAUUAAUUCUAAUAACACAUUACGGAAACUUAUGCUGGCGUUUAAGAAACGAUAUUUUUGGCAAUUGAUGUUGAUGUCUACCGUCGUUUACAUAUAUUAUUCAGCAGCUGGGAAAGUGGUUUUCAGCAAUUUGGCAACUGUUAUUCUAGAGGAUAUCACUGGCACAUCAGAUGUUCUAUUGUUCACGUUUGUAGUGGACGGUUUCAUUUUUGCAGGAACGUGUGUUUCUUGCGUUUUGAUCAAGAAGUUGCCAAUCCGUGUGUUGCUUUUCUCGUCAGGGUUGACGGCUGUCGGGAUAUUGAUAACUCUGAGCGCGUGUCUCUAUUUCAAGGUUUACUUUGAAUGGAUUAACGUAAUGCUGUUGGCCCUGUAUUUCAUCGUGACACACGCUGGUCCGUACCCCGUAAUGAAUGUUAUGUUGAGCGAAAUAUUCCCGCUAGAAUUGAAGUUGUAUUGCAUUUUAAUAUCAUCAACAAUAGGAAUGAUUUCAGUUUUUUUGUGUGUGCUAAUUUUACCCAACAUAGUCAGUGUAAUGGGAUACUACGGUUUCUUUUUGUUAAACUCAGGCAUCAUGCUCGCCUGUCUCGCCUACCUUUACAUAUGCAUGCCAGAAACGAAAGGGAAGACGCUGCAGGAAAUAGAAGUUUACUUUAAAACAAACACUUUUGAAGUCGAGGAAGUAUUAAGUACAAAUGAACAGAUAAAGGCCCUUAUUUAAACUUUGUUGUGACUCUUAUUGUGAUUAUGCAAUGGAUCCGUUAUAGAAAGCUGUUAAUCCGGUCAGUUAUAUUUAUCGUUAUCA